AUGUUUAUUAUCAAUAAUAAUAAAUUGUAUUAUACUACUUAUUUAUUUCUUAUUUGUUUAUUAUUGGAAUAUAAAAAUUGUCAAUUAAAAAAUGAAAAAAAUAAUCAAAAAAUAAAAAAUUUAUUGAAUGAUUUAAUCAAUAAAUUUAUUAAUAAUUAUAAACAAUCAAUAAAUCAUAUAGAAACAACUGAUAUGAUGAUUGUUAAAAAUAAACAAAUUGAAUUGAAUCAAUCAAUAAAAUUGAAUCCUGAUGAAGAUGAUCAUGAUGUUGUUGAAGAUGUUGAAGAUGAUCAAGAUGAUGAUGAAUUGAUUCAUGGAAAUCAUCUUCAUGAGAUUAAUUACUAUAAAGAUAAUUCAAAAUAUGAAAAUAAAAUAAUUUGUAAAAGUAAAUAUACUUGGAGAGAUAUUUCGUUGCCAUGGAAAAUUUUAAUGAAAAAUUUCAAUCCAAAUUGUACUCAUAUUUUAGGGAAUUUAAUUAUCUCCGGAGUAGAUGAAGAUGAUGAUGUAACCUUAUUGGAAAAUAUAGAAGAAAUUUCAGGUUAUUUAGUUAUAUAUGGAGUUGGUCGUAAAGAAUUACGUUUAUCCCAUUUAAAAUUAAUUAAAGGUCAUGAAUGGAUCAUAUUUAAAUCAAGAAAAGUUGCAUUACUUGUUGUAAGUAAUUAUAAACAGAAUGAUCUACUGUCAUCUUCAAAUGUAUCAUCACAAUCAACUUCAUUGGUUAAUGAUACUGGUAAACAAAGAUAUGGUCUUAGUCAUUUACAAUCAUUAGAAAUGACAUCAUUUAUAUCUGUUGUACAACAUGGUAUAUAUUUUUAUGAUAAUCCUGGUUUAUGUUAUACACCAUUUACAUUAAAAUGGGAUGAAAUGAUUGAAAGUUCCGAAUUACAAACUAUAGAUUUAUAUGCAUUACAUUCUAAUGAUAAUAUAACAUUAUGGUUAGAAUAUUGUCAAUGUAAAUAUUUAAAUAAAUGUAUGAAUAUAAUGAAUAAUACAGAGAGAAGUGAAGAGCUAUCAUCAAUCAAUGUAUCUCAUAUACUCCAAUCAAAGUAUAUAUAUAAUGAAUUAUUAAAGAAUACUGAUGAUGAAUUGAAGGGACGAAAUAUUCAAAAAAGAGAUAUUCAUAUUGAUUCAAUGAAUCAAUCAAUUGUAGACACUGUCAGCGAAUUUCAUCAAGAUGAUUUGAAUACAAUCAAUCUUUCAUCAUAUGAACAAACUACCCAUCCAAUGUCUCAAACUGAGAACAUCAAUAAAGAUCCUGAUCCUUUGAAUUCAAAUCAAAUACGAUCAAACAGUUUAUCUAAUGUGAACGAAGAUACAUUGGAAUAUCAAAAUAUGGUUCAAAAUGAUAUAUUCAUGCCAAAAAUAGGUUCAAAGUUAAAUGAAAUGUACAUUGAUGAUAAUAACUUGGCCUCAGAUACUAUUGAUGAUGAAACAACUACAGCUGCUAUGGCAACACCAUUUGAAAAUUAUACUUCAAGUGAAGUCUUAAAUGAAUCGUAUUCUACCACGACUAUGGAUGAUACAAAUAUAUCAGUGACAACAAACAUAGAAACUAUAACACCUAGCAACAAGAUCUCUGUAUUGACUACUUAUCCUACAAGCGAUUUACCUAGUUAUGAAAAUACUACCAGUUCUAUUAUAGUAAUAUCAAAUGAACGUAUUCAUGAUGAUAAUCAUUCUGUUAAAAUGAAGCUUUCAAAAAUUGAUAAUAAAUCAAUUAUGAAUUAUUCAAUAGAAUAUCCAAGUUUACCAUGUCAUACAUCUUGUCCAUUAAUACAAGGGAAACGUUAUUGUUGGGGUCCAGGACGAGAUCAAUGUCAAGCAGUUCAUAAAUGUCAAAUUCGUUUAUGUGAAGGAUCUAAUUGGUGUUUUCGUACAAAAUCUAAUGAAUAUUAUCAAAAAAAUUUAACUUAUUAUAAAAUGAAUUUUAUUACAUCAUCAAAAGAACAAUGUUGUCAUUCGGAAUGUGCAGCUAGUUGUUAUGGUCCAAGAGCUCGUGAUUGUAAUGCAUGUUUACGCUUAUCUAAUCGUGGUGUUUGUACAGAUUCAUGUCCAGCAUCAAAAAAAUAUAACAAAUCAACAUUUAGCUGGGUAGAAAAUCCAGAUGGAUUAUUAACAUUCGGUAUGAUUUGUGUUAAAUCUUGUCCAAAAACGUAUCUACGAGAUGAUGAUCAUUGUGUUUCAAAAUGUGCACGUCCAGGAUAUAUGGCAUAUCAAGGUGAAUGCAUACCAUGUCCAAAUUCUAUUUGUCCUAAAAUUUGUACAUUAAAUGAAAUUGAGUCAAUUAAAGGAAUUGAUUAUUUACAUCGUAAAUCACUUCAUGCUAUGGAAAAUUGUACAGUAUUUGAAGGUGAUAUUAAAUUAUCAAUGCAAUCAUUUAUUGGUGAUCCAUUUUAUAACUUAUCACAAAUUGAUGAAGGUGUAAAAUGGAAAGAUCUUAUCAUUGGUUUAUCUAAAUUAGAAUAUAUAACAGGAACUCUCUAUAUCAGUGCUGGUUCACAUGCUCCAUGGAUGACUAAUUUAACAUUUCUAUCUAAUGUGAAAAUAAUUGGAGGAAUUAGUCCAAAUAUCCAACAAACGCGAACUGUCAAUAUAAAUCUAAAUCAUCAUUUAGAAUUUUUAGGUAUGACAUCAUUAAAAAAAUUAGGUCAUCCAAGUUUAUUAAUUACAGGUAAUCCACGUUUAUGUUAUGUGGAUACAAUUGAUUGGACAAGUUUAUUAAAUGAUGAAACAUUCGUCGAUGAACUACAUGACAAAGGUACAAAGAUUUCGAAACUAAUCAAAACAUUCAAUAUUAAUCUUAAUAAUGAUUCAUUAACACAAAUUAUAUUACGUCAUAGGAAGGAUUCUAAAAGAAAACGACCAUUUAAAGAUUCAACUAUUUUUGUUGGGGGAAAUGCUCAUUUUGAAUUUUGUAAAGGUCGUGGAGCCGUAUGUGAUGAAUUAUGUCAACCACAUAGUGGAUGUUGGGGUCCAGGUAGACAAUUUUGUACUUUAUGUAAAUAUUGGUCUAUUGAAAAUAUUGAUAAUAGUGGAAGAAUUUGUGUUGAACAUUGUGAAGAUCUACCUGGUUUCUAUACACCAAAAUUGAAUGAUACACAUAGUAACUUGGAACAAAUGAUAACUGACAGAUCAAAUAUAAUGAUAGAUGUACAAAAUCUUUCAACAGCUGUUUAUAAUAAUGAAAUCAACAAAUCUACUACUGAAUUCAUUAAUAAGUACUAUAGUAAAGAAAACAAAAUUUUCUCAUCAGCACAAUGUAAAAAAUGUUCAGAUAUGUGUAGUUUACAAAAUCAAACAUGUUAUGGUCCUAAUGAUGAUCAAUGUAUUGGUUUAUGUCGAUUUGUACAAGAUGGUCCAUUUUGCCGAGCUUAUUGUCCACCUAAUAAAUAUACAGACCCAAUAACUAAGAAAUGCAUGGAAUGUUCAUCAACGUGUACACCGCCUGGUGAUAUAGAAAAUGGUAAUAUAUAUAUCAAUAAUAAUUUAUUGAAUCAAAAGAUUGAAACCAAACUUAAAUAUUACUGUACAGGAUCAGGUGAUUGGCCAGGUAAUGGUGGAUGUAGUUUUUGUAAACAAACAGUUUUAUAUUUGGAGCCAAAAAAUUCGAAUCAUCAUUUAAAGUGUGCCAAUAGUUGUCCAUUUGGUACUUAUCAACACGUUAUCAACUUACACCAUAGAGGUGGUUCCAGUGUAGAUCGUCAAUCAACAGUUUAUUUCAAUAUGAAAGAACAGGAUAGUUCAAUGAAUCGAUUUACUUGGAGUCAAACUGAUGUGAAUCUUUUUUAUAAUUUCCCAUCAAAAAUAAUUGAUGAAAUUUCUCUAUGGUUAUUAAAUCAUACUCAACCACAAUUAUAUGGUUUAGCACAAAUAUGUUUACCAUGUAAUGAACAAUGUCAUUCAGAAAUUAUUCCAUCAAGACAAUUAAACUUGAUAGGAUCAUCUAAUGUUGCAUGUUACGGACCUAGUCCAGAACAAUGUGUACGUUGUGCUUAUGCAAGUUAUCAAGGUCGCUGUGUUUCCACUUGUCCAUCAGGAACUUAUCUAAAAAAGAAAUCAUUACGUAAUUUUGAUCCAACUCUAUUAAAUGAUUAUUACAUUGGAUAUUUACCUGAUAAUAUUACAUCAUUUGAAUGUUUAUCAUGUCAUAAAGAAUGUGAAAUUGGUUGUAAUGGACCAACCGCAGAAGAAUGUACACGUUGUCGACAUGUGAAAAUUUAUCAUGAUUCUCAAAUGGAAUCGUGGUUAUGCAACCUUACUUGUCCUGAUUUUAGUCCAUUCAAAAUAUUCGAUCAAAAAACUGGUGAAAUAAUUUGUUCUAGUGAUUCAAUCAACUUACACAUUAUACCCUAUUACAAUGGACAUUAUUCCAUUGAAAAUCAUCUUAAUUCUACAAUAUUACAUAAUAGUUAUAAUAAUAAUAUUGUAACCAUGGCAACAAAGAACCUUAAUUUUCUUCAAAAUGUUCAUAUGAUGAAUUAUAAUAAUAUAUGGCAUUAUAAUUACUUAUCAACACAAACCGCUGGUCUUAUCUCAUCAUUAUCAGCAUUAUUUAUUAUGUUAUUAUUAUUAAGUUUAAUUAUUUAUUGGACAAUUUAUAAAAGAUCUAAAUAUAUACGAAUUGAACAAUACGAUACUACUGAUAAUACUACUGAUAAUAAUAAGGGGAAUAAGUCAUGUUUUAUAUCCUUGAAUAAAAUGUGUGAAAAUUUUUGGACACAAGGUAAACCACAAUUAAUGAUGAAGAAAGAGAAAAAUGAGAAAAAUAAAAAGGAGAAAAGAAAAAAAAAGAAAACAUUCACCAUAGCAACUAAAAAUCAUCGAUCAAUAUUAAAUUAUAAAAAUAAUCAAUUAAUAAAAGAGAAAUUAUUAUUUCAUCCAUUAAAUUGGAAUCAUUCAUUAAUACAAAUGAAUGGUAGUUUAUUAUUAGAUAAAGAUAAUAAAUGGAUGAAUAAUAUGGAUGAAGAAAAAUCUCCUACUCAUUCAGAAUCAUUAAAACCAAACAUGGCAACAUUACGUAUCAUCACUGAAUCUGAAUUAAUUCGUGGUCCAUUGAUUGGUUCUGGUGCAUUUGGUACAGUUUAUUGUGGUAUUUGGUGUCCAAAAUUCACACAACAAAAACUGGAUCCCAUUAAUAAUGAUACAUGUAGUGCAAUAACCAAUUCAACAAUAACACCAACCCCAAAUGUAUUUAAUUCAAAAAAAUUUGAUUGGGAUAAGAAUACCAAUGGAAUAGAAACUAUUCCAGUAGCAUUCAACAAUGAUAAUGAUUUCAAUUUGCAUAUACCAGUAGCUAUUAAAGUUUUAUCAGAUUCAGCAGAUCCACAAACUAAUAAAGAACUAUUAGAAGAAGCAAAAGUUAUGGCAACUGUUGAUCAUCCAUGUUGUGUAAGAUUUUUAGCUUUAUGUCUUACAUCUAAAUUACAAUUAAUAACACAAUAUUUACCAUUAGGUAGUUUAUUAGAAUUUAUUAAAAUACGUUGGGAUUUUAUUGAAGUGAAUUCAUUAUUUCAAUGGUCUGAACAAAUUGCUUCUGGUAUGAUUUAUUUAUCAUCACGUGGUAUUAUACAUCGUGAUUUAGCAGCUCGUAAUGUAUUAGUUCAAUCAAAAGAUCAAGUACAAAUAACUGAUUUCGGUUUGGCUAAGUGUUUAGAUACAACACAUAGUGAAUAUCAUGCAAGUGGAGGACGUAUGCCAAUUAAAUGGCUUGCAAUUGAAUGUAUACAAGAUAGAAUAUUUUCAAGUAAAUCAGAUGUUUGGGCAUAUGGUAUAACCUUAUGGGAAAUGUGUACAUUUGGUCAUCGACCAUAUGAAAAUAUUCAUGCAAAAGAUUUACUAGAUUUUCUAGAGAAAGGAAAUCGUUUACCUCAACCGGAAACAACAAGUCUUGAUUUUUAUUGUUUAAUGUUACAAUGUUGGCAAGCCGAUCCAAAUCUUAGACCAACAUUUAAAGAAUUAUGUUCAGCUUUAUGUGAAAUGAAAGCAACACCUAAUCGUUAUUUAUUCAUAACACCUGAACUUCGUACAUCUAAUUUUACCAAUCAAGAUAUAUCACAAAAUGCAUUAGAAUUUUUAACUAGUUGUUUAACCGAUACAACUAUAUCAUUGAAAUCUACUCAUACAAAUAUAAGUAGUAUAAAAUCAUAUCAACAAAUUUAUAAUGAUCUAAAUGAAUAUCAUAAUAAUGAUAAUGAUCAUUCAUUAUUAAAUCAAUUGAAUAUUGAAGAUUAUACACAAUAUACACAAAUGAAUUAUGAUUGGUUAAAUAAUUUAUAUGUGAAUAGUAGAAUAAAUUUAUUACCAGAAGAAUAUAUUCAAACUUUAUUAAAUAAUUAUAAUUAUUUAAUUGGAAUUAAUACUACUACUGAUAAGACUACUACUAAUACCACUGAUACAACUACUACUAAUACUGCUGAUAGUACUACUACUACUAAUACUACUGAUAAUACUACUACUAAUACUACUGAUAAUACUAAUACUAAUACCAAUACUAUCACUACUAAUACUGAUACCACUACUACUACUAAUACUACUGAUAACACUACUACUAAUACUAAUACUAAUACUACCAUUACUAAUACUGAUACUACUAAUACUACUGAUAACACUACUACUAAUACUAAUACUAAUACUACCAUUACUAAUACUGAUACUACUAAUACUACUGAUAACACUACUACUAGUACUACUACUAAUUAUAGUAAUAAUAAUAACUAUAUUAGGUUCCAAAAUGAAAUCAAUAAGGUUACAUUGCCUAAUCAAUACAUUGAUAAUAUAAACAUAAAUGAUCCUAGAGACAAUAAUAUUCAUCAUUGUAAUGAUAUCAUAAUCGAUGCGGAAGAGACAAAUAGGAAUAAAGAAAAUUUAGUUACAAAGGAAUCAGAAGGAAGUUUUAUGGAGGAAUCAUCUGAAAAUGUAUCAUUAUCUAUAUUAAAAAUAGUGGAUAACGAUCAAAUAUCUGAUCAACAUUAUAUUAAUAUUGUUAAUGAAGAAAAUAAUUGUAAUAAAGUUCCAUCGUCAAUACAAAAUCAAUAA